AUGACAAACAUAUCCACUGUUCAUGAAGUACUCUACAAAGUGCAUAAACGAAGCAGGGAAACAUGAUUUUUGACCUGCUUAUAACUAAACUGGGGGCUGUGUUCGCUACACAGUACUCCACUCUUUAUGCUGGGAUGAACAACUGAGCUGGGAUAAAGCUCCUUGUGCAGUUUUGUGGGGGCUUCCGUAGACCAAUCAUCAGUCUGUCAGUCGAGCCAGAUGCUACAGCUAUUUUGCAGGUUCCAGCAGGAUAUAUAGUUAGGAAUUGUAAAUAAAAUCUGUUCAUAAAGGUUGACCCUGGUUCUCUUUGUAAGACCCUUCCAUGCGGUUUUCAUAGUUGAAUUAUACAGGAACUUAGUGGUGAUCUCAUCAUAUGGUUCAGGGUUCUUUGCAGCCAUACGAAAUACAAAUAUAGCCCUCUGAAGAACAAUGUGAAACACAAACGGAGAUAAAAACCCAAAGAAUCGUUCUUUAGGUGCAUUAGCUGUACUUAGCAAUACUCUUACCAACACCUACUUUGACGUCUCUGGGUUAUGUGCAUGGUUUGUUGUAAGGGUACGUUUUUAUCCAGUUAAAUGCUGAUUUAAAAAUAAAUAAAAAAAAGCAAAACAAAUUUAAAAACUGGCUGUGCCACUUCAUUUAUUAGAGGAUGAAGUAUAUCAUAUGUGAGUUUGAUUUUCAGUCUUAGUGUGGCCAGUUCCUUUAAGGCUAUGACGUUUUAAAUCACUUGUAUGGCAUCAAUUUUAUUUUGAAUAUUACACUGUCUUCUCUAAAUGACUGGGAUUGGUAAAGACAACAAGAACAUUUAACCAAAUACAUGCUUUCUUCAGAGGGGGGUGCACAAAAGCUUUCUUUAAGCAGAGGCUACACUUCAUCAGGUACUCUCUGUACCUCCAUGUAGUGAAGUGUUUGUAAGAAGCAAAUCUUGUGAAAAAAAUAAACCCUAUUAUGUGAAGAUAUAUUAUUAUUGUCGGAGUUCUGGGAGUUUUUCUCCUGUUCACCUAUUUUACCUGCUAACCCCAACCAACCUCCAGAUAGCAUUAGACGCACGUAGGAGCUGAGUCCACAGGUGUUCUCCAUCAGCCUCAUCAGGAGAGGAGCUUAAGAACCUUCACUGUCAACACUCCGGCGCCUGAGUGUUAACCUGCAGUGGUAACUCUAGCUGGCCAAAACAAAGCUCUUAGUGAUUACCACUAACCUUCUCGUGUCCUCCUUCCCAGGUUACCUCCAGUUCCGAGCUUCUGUAUCCAGUCUGCUAGUGUAGAAAACCCAGACUCUCUCUCUACAAGAGAACCUCAUGGAUUAUCUUCUCAGUUGGCUGCAUUCGGGUCCCUUGGCUCCUCUGGCUUCCUGUGAACGAACCUGGCUCACCUCCACCGUGCUCCCCUCCAAGAUUAUCCAACUGGUGCCACCUCUACCUCAAGUGCAGGUAAGACAGGAUAACCUGGACCAUUCUCUUACCCGACACACUCCUGGAAUAUUUCCUGGAAUAUUUUCUGCCACUUACCAUUGAUCCCUUCUCCACACAGCAGCAAGCUCCUGGUUCUCCAGCAUUUAAUUAUAUUUCUCAAUAAACUUGUUAACCUUUCCUGUUUCCUGAGGGUAUCUUUGCAUGUGGGUCAAAGCAGCUAGAAAAACGAUGACAAUUAUAUUGGAAAGUCUUCUCGGAUUUUCAUCAAUCUGAUUAUUCUCCAUCAUAGUCUGCUACACCACAGUUGGGAAACAGCUCUUGUUGCACCUUGAUCCUGUUGAAGAGCAGACAGGAGUCCACUGUCUCCCUCCUCCCACCGGGGAAGCUGUAUUACAUUGACUACACGCCCACAAAGACACACACAUCCUCUGCUGUGAGUGUCGGAGAGGGAACAUGUUCUGCUGUUCUGGCUACAAACAAACGAGGUGUGUACUGAGCGUCGACCAGGAGAGAGACCAGAAGCAGCUGAUUCAGCUUCUCAAAAACUGAUUAAAAAGAGAAGAAGGGAGAACAGGAGGGACAGCAUCUCCGUGUGUGUAUACAUCAGAGUGUGUCUUCAUCCUCACCAGACGGCAUCAGUCCACCAGUCUUUAAUGGAGCUGUCAGCUGAUAUUCGGUUGGAGGGACAAGAUGAUGCCCCCCCUGCACUGUUGGCCUGUCUGUCCCAGGUGAAAAGCAGCAGCUACAGCGCCAUCCAGCAGCAGGGCUACUCUGCAACCAUCCUCCUACGGCAUAAAGACAAACUGGAAAGGACCCAGCAGAAGUGCAUCGCCACACUGGCCCUCUUCUGCUGCUCUGCUGUGCUGAUGGUGCUGAUCUUCUCUGUGGACAUCUGGGGGGACAGUGAGGAUGGGAUCACAGAGGAAAACUGCAGCAGAGACUGCCGGAUCGUGGUCGUGGAGAACAUCCCAGACGACCUUUCUCUUCACAUGGAUGGCAGGCAUCACAUUCCUCUUUCUGUUGGCUUUCACACACUGCUGAAACAAGCAAAGCUCUCAGUGGAGGUGGUGUCAUCUGUCUGGGACUUAAAUGCUUGGGAUGUGGAGCCAGCACCCAGCACUGCAGCACAGGGUCAGCUUCUGUUCCAGAGACUGCUCAAGCUGAAAUCUCGAGGGGUUAAACUGAAGAUUGCCAGUAGUCUAACAAACUCUUCUGAGUUGAAAGCCUUGGCAGCAGACAAUGCACAGGUUCAUUUUGUCAAUAUGACAGCUCUCACCAAAGGAGGCCUACGUUCCUCAUUCUGGAUAGUGGAUCGGACGCACAUUUACAUUGGAAGCGCUGAAAUGGACUGGAGGUCACUGUCCAAGAGGAAAGAACUUGGAGUGGUUGUGUAUAACUGCAGCUGUCUCGCCCUGGACCUCCACAGAGUCUUUUCAUUUUACUGGCAGCUUCAUGACAGGGACUAUAUCCCCUCCAUCUGGUCGAAGAGAGUUACAGCCCUCUAUGGGAAACAUGAGGCCCUGGAGCUGCAGCUUAAUGCCACGCCGGCUACGGCUUAUCUGUCUACCUCACCCGAACUCUUCUGUUCCAAAGAUCGCACCAGAGAUUUAGACGCCAUCUACCAAGUCAUCCAGAGCGCAAAAACCUUUAUUUUCAUUUCUGUGACCGAUUAUCUUCCUCUGGUCAAAAGGAGCUUUAGAGGAACUUCAGUCACAAGGUAUUGGUCACCUAUCGAUGAGCUGAUCAGAGAAGCUGUGGUGCUCCGAGGAGUCAAAGUCCGCCUGCUCAUAAGCUUCUGGAAGAAAACUCACCCCCUCACCUUUAAUUUUGUGACCUCCCUCAAGUCUCUGUGCAUGCACCUUCACAACUGUUCCCUGGAGGUGCGAUUUUUCAGUCACAAAGAACAGAAGGAGGACUUUCAACUGGGACUCAACCACAACAAGUACAUGGUGACUGACAAUGCUGUCUACCUCGGGAACCACGACUGGGUCGGGAGCGACUUUGCAAUAAACGCAGGAGUCGGACUGGUUGUCAGGAUGAAGGAUGGUACCAAAGACAGAGGAGCAACAAUCCUAGAACAUAUUAAAGCUUCAUUUGAGAGAGACUGGAGGUCACGUUACGCUAAGAACCUACAAAAAAGCAAAGAUCAGCAGGGAAAAUACAGACUCUUGCAGUGGCCUAAAAAUCACUGGGAAACCAAGGAGGAAAAUGAGUGGAACAACCCUUUAUAAGAGCAGCCAGUGCUAUUACAUCCCAAUACUGUCCAUGCCUGACCACUGCAGAUUAUACAAACAUGUACCCAGAUGAAAGUGUAUAUCCACACUAAUAGACCUUAAUCCGAAUUUGUAACUUUAAUCCAAAAUAUCCAGUUAAAAUGUAGCUUUGACACAGCUGCAAAACCCACCAGUGGCAACUAUGUACCCAGCGAGUUAUAAGCUGUGAUGUGAGCAUGUACUAUUGCAUGAUGAAUGCAACCAAUAUUCUACUGCACUAUAUAUGCAAGCAACAUUUAAGAAAAAUAUGUGCUGUUUGUAAAAUCUACUUAUAAAACCAAGUUAACUCACAACACAUUCAAUUUACCUUAAUGAUCCAUGUUUUUCUCUACAAUAGAGUCUGUGCAUUUCUCUUAAGUGACAUGCACAGACUAGUGCAGGAGCUUUAUGCCAUGUGUCUUUUAGAAAUGUUUUUAUUUGUGAUGGAUUUAUUUCUGCAUUCAGAAAUUUGCAGGACGAUCAACAUGCUCACACAUAUUUUAACCUAACAAGAGCAUUAUGGUCAUGGGCUAUGAUCUUUGUCUCAUCUAAAAUAAUAUAUACACUGCUCAAAAAAAUAAAGGGAACACUCAAAUAACA